AUGAAUAUGCAGUCUUCAGCUGUGAGCCAAGAACCCUCAAUACCACUUGGUUUUGUAUCCCAAUUGGGCUCUUUAGUAUUCAGCUCGUCCAGUUUAAACCCUGAGCUACAGUCGGCCUAUUUGUCCAGCUUUUUGUGCUUUGAUGCCCUGAAGAAGCCCAAAUCUGUGGCCUCGUUGAGCCUGAGAAGUAAAGGCGCCGCCUUCAGCAUCACAAGAUUUAUAAAUGAGUUCAAUAAUGCUGUUAAAUUCCAUUGCGAGAGAAUCCCACUCGGGUUCGCCUUCGACUCAGGGGAGAAUAAUGGGUCUGCGGAUGAUGGGAAUGGGGUUUUGGAGAGCUCAGAGGGAGUUUCUGCUAGUGCCGUCGUGCCGGAUGCCCCGAAAAAGGUUCUGAUACUGAUGAGCGAUACGGGUGGGGGCCACAGAGCUUCUGCCGAGGCCAUUAAAGCAGCUUUUAGAGAAGAAUUUGGGGAUGAAUAUCAGGUUUUUGUUACGGAUUUGUGGACAGAUCAUACUCCUUGGCCCUUCAAUCAGCUACCAAAGAGCUAUAACUUCCUCGUAAAACACGGUACACUCUGGAAAAUGACAUAUUAUGCUACUGCUCCGCGUGUCAUUCACCGAACCAAUUUUGCUGCCACCUCAACGUUUAUAGCUCGGGAGGUCGCAAAAGGAUUGAUGAAAUACCAGCCAGAUAUUAUUAUCAGUGUACAUCCUCUAAUGCAACAUGUUCCACUUCGCAUUUUGAGGGCUAAGGGUCUAUUGAAGAAGAUUGUUUUUACCACAGUAGUAACAGAUCUGUCCACAUGUCAUCCCACAUGGUUUCACAAGCUUGUGACAAGAUGCUAUUGCCCAUCAGCAGAGGUGGCCAAACGAGCACUGAGAGCUGGUCUUCAGAGGUCUCAAAUUAAGGUCUAUGGUCUUCCUGUUCGGCCCUCAUUCGUGAAGCCUGUACGCCCUAAGAGUGAAUUAAGAAAGGAGCUGGGAAUGGACGAGCACCUGCCAGCUGUCUUGCUAAUGGGCGGUGGUGAAGGUAUGGGCCCCAUUGAGGCCACCGCUCGAGCUCUCGGGGAGGCAUUGUAUGAUGAAACUCGCGGUCAACCAAAUGGUCAGGUUCUCGUGAUUUGUGGCCGGAAUAAGAAGCUACUUAAUAAAUUGCAAUCACUUGACUGGAAGAUACCUGUUGAGGAAGCAGGGAAUGUCCCGUAUGUUGUCCAAAAUGGAUGCGGGAAAUUUUCAAAGUCCCCAAAAGAGAUAGCGAGGAUCGUUUCUGAGUGGUUCGGUCCUAAGCAAGACGAGCUUAUGGUGAUGUCAGAAAACGCACUUCGGCUUGCCAGGCCUGAUGCUGUCUUUAAGAUUGUACACGACCUUCAUGAGUUGGUUAGGCAAAGAAGCCUCGUACCUCAGUAUUGUACCUCGACCUGA